GAUUCAACUGAACACGACCAUCAGUGAUUCUUCAUUAAAUUGCGUUGACUUAACUUCAUCACCUCAACUAUUUUUCUUGUUCUGACACAAACAUCAAAUGCAAACGAUGCAGUGAACAGAUACUAUUUAUUAUUACGAUAACCUUCGAUACACAAACAUCUAUCUCUCUCGUCUUCUAUUAUCAUUGUCACUUUCCUUUUCGAGUCAAACACAGAGACAUUAAAAAAAUGGCCUCCUCUUCUUGCCGACUAAACUAUUCCUUUCUUCUUCAUCUUCUUCUCUUUCUGUCUAGUCUUGUCGCUUCCUCCGCCGACCUCUCUUUUAAUUUCUACGCCAGUUCUUGUCCUGUAGCUGAGCUUCUCGUCAGAAACACCGUUAGAUCAGCUACAUUAUCUGAUCCAACCAUCCCCGGUAAACUCCUCCGUCUCCUCUUCCACGACUGUUUCGUCCAGGGUUGUGAUGCGUCAGUGUUGAUACAAGGGAAUACCACCGAGAGAAGCGAUCCUGGAAACGCAUCCCUUGGAGGGUUCUCUGUCAUAGACACAGCUAAGAAAGCCUUGGAGAUUUUAUGUCCGGCCACCGUUUCCUGCGCUGACAUCGUCGCACUUGCUGCUAGAGACGCCGUCGAAGCUGCAGGAGGACCGGUGGUUGAGAUUCUGACAGGGAGGAGAGACGGGAGAGUAUCUAUUGCUGCAAACGUAAGACCGAACAUAAUCGACACAGAUUUCAGUCUCGACCAAAUGAUCGAUGGCUUCUCUUCUAAAGGCUUGUCUAUUCAAGAUCUUGUCGUUCUCUCUGGAGCACACACGAUUGGGGCGUCUCAUUGCAACGCAUUCAAUGGAAGAUUUAAACAAGACUCAAAAGGGAGUUUCGAGCUAAUCGACGCGUCUCUCGACAAGUCAUACGCAGAGACACUACUGAACAAAUGCUCGUCCUCAGAAUCGUCGUCAUUGACGGUGAGCAACGAUCCAGUGACAUCUUCGACAUUCGAUAAUCAGUACUAUAGGAAUCUGGAGACGCACAAGGGUUUGAUUCAAACGGAUUCUGCACUGAUGGAUGAUGAUCGAACGAGGAAGAUGGUGGAGGCACUGGCGAGUGAUGAGGAAAGCUUUUUGCAGAGAUGGAGUGAGUCGUUUGUGAAGCUGAGUAUGGUUGGUGUGAGAGUUGGUGAAGAUGGUGAGAUUAGACGUACUUGUUCUUCCGUUAAUUAAAAACAUUUCUGCUGUGUAAUUAAUUUUGGUUUACUUGGAUUUUGGUUUCACAAUUUAAUAUUUUGGUCUAAAUGUAUAAUAAGGUUAGUCGGUAAUUGAGAACAGUGAUCGGCUGGAUCAAUGAAAUACUGGUAAUUUUUUUA